AUGUCGAGUGCAAUGAGGUCUAUCAUAUUUGAGAUCGAUGAUGGAACGAACAUAUCAAGAGGUCUCUUUGAGUUUACUCGCCGUAGAGGAGUGGGAAUAUGUGUUCUUGGUGGAUACGGAGUGGUAUCACAAGUCACACUUCGUCAAUCCGAUGAAAGAACUUUAAUCCUCAAUGGAAGGUUCACCAUUCUUUCGAUAUCUGGAACAAUUCUCCCUCCACCAACACCAGAGAGUGCAGAAAGCUUAACAGUUUAUGUAUCGGAUACUACAGGGCAGGUGAUAAGUGGGAUUGUGGUCCCCCCUCUUGUGGCUUCGGGUCUAGUUGUGUUAGCAGCUGCUUCCUUUUCAAAUGUUGCUUGA